AUGGAUUGUUUUUUGAUUCCAUUGGGACUAUCAUCAGAGAAAGGAGUUUUGACAGAGUUAGAGCCUACCAUCUUUGUGCUCUUUGUCAUCCCCUAUUUGUUUUCCCAAUCAAUUCUUGCUAACUACCAAGUUGUCAUUGCUAAAUUUGGAUUGGUACAAUGCUGGCCAGUCUUCCUUGCUAGUGCCUCUGCAGUCGACGUUUUACUUCAUGCAUUCAUUGUCACUACUUACUCUUUAUAA